AUGGCUUUGCAUGACUUGUUGGGACAGCUGCCAGCUGAGGUACUCCUCAUCUGGCACGACCAUCGGCUUCCUAUUUUGCUCUCAGCGCUCGUAGUAGCGACAAUUGCGCGCCUCAUUAUUUACUCGCGCGACCGAAGAGAGAAGUUACCGACAUCGCCCGUACCUCAGUCGCCCAUCCAGAAGCAAAAGGUUGAGCUCAAGCCUGAAUGGCUCCCAGAAUAUACCACGACCCUCAGUUCUCCAGACCUCAAUGUUGAUAAUCAUGCCGAGGAUGACACAGGCGCUGUGGUCGCGGCCACAAAAGUGAAGAAGGGACCCAAGAUGGUCAAGGGCAGGAAAAUACCGAAAAAGAGUGUAUCCCCAACUUUAGCCUUCGAUCACAAAACGGACAAGAUACAACCCCUGGUCUUCUUCCAGUCGCUUUCUGGUACAACGGAGCGCUUUGCCGCACAAUUCGCGAAGACAAUCACAGAGUGGACGACUGGCUGCGACCAAGCUUCUUCUUUCCUCGAGCCUCAGACCCACGACAUCUCAUACAUUGAACACGAUGACUAUUUUGUAACCCCACCAAAGACCGAUGCCAACGUCAAGUACUUUUACAUCAUCCUCAUACCCACGUACAACAUUGAUACUGUCCUGGAUAUAUUUAUUGAGAGUCUCCAAGAAACCCACAAUGACUUCCGCAUCGAUACAGCACCAUUGAGUGGGUUGCUUGGAUACUCCGUUUUUGGAUUUGGAGACAAGGAGGGAUGGCCAACAGAAGAGGAAGGCUUCUGCAGUCAAGCUAGGGAGGUUGAUAAGUGGAUGGCGAGGUUGACUGGCAGAAAGCGAGCAUAUCCUCUUGGUAUGGGAGAUGUCAAAAGUGAUGCUGAAAGGCGAUUUGAAGAAUGGAGAAUUGGAGUUCAGGAAGCGCUGGUCGAGCUUGCCGAAGGACGAGGACUUGGCGAGGGUGUACCAGGUAGCGGCGAUCCUGCUGAGAGUGAUGAGGAAGACGUGGAUGACGCUGAGGACGGAAACGGCCAAUCUUCACGAGUUGACGAUGUCGAAGACUUGGGCUCCAUGGUCAACUCUUCGUCAUCGCCAGUACCCAUUGACUUCACAACCUAUAAGAAAUCUGCGCCCAAACCCAAAUCCACCUCUGCCCCAAAGGAGAUGGUCCCAACUACUUCUCCCACUCAUGCUGCUCUCACAAAGCAGGGUUAUAGUAUUAUCGGCUCACAUUCCGGUGUCAAGAUUUGCCGAUGGACCAAGUCUGCACUACGUGGUCGGGGAUCUUGCUACAAGUACUCAUUCUACGGUAUCGCCUCACACUUAUGUAUGGAAGCAACUCCGUCUCUGUCCUGUUCCAAUAAAUGUGUCUUUUGCUGGCGUCACGGCACAAACCCCGUCGGCACCACCUGGCGCUGGGUAACAGACGCCCCCGAGAUGAUCUUCGACGGCAUCACAGCAGCGCAUUACAAAAAGAUCAAAAUGAUGAAAGGCGUCCCAGGCGUACGAGCCGAACGCUUCAGCGAAGCAAUGCGAAUCCGGCACUGCGCCCUAAGUCUCGUCGGCGAACCCAUCUUCUACCCGCACAUCAACCAACUCCUGGACAUCAUGCACAAAAACCGCAUCUCCACAUUCCUCGUCUGCAACGCACAGCACCCGGCCCAACUCGCCUCCCUCAUACCCGUAACCCAACUCUACGUCUCCAUCGACGCCUCCAACAAGGACAGCCUCCGCAAGAUUGACCGCCCCCUCCACCGUGACUUCUGGGAACGCUUCUGCGCUUGCCUCGAUAUCCUGCGCACCCGCCGCUUCGAACAACGCACCGUUUUCCGCCUCACGCUCGUAAAAGGCUUCAACAUGGCCGAGGAAGUGCGCGGCUACGCUGAUCUCGUCGAGCGCGCGCUACCUGGCUUUGUAGAGGUAAAAGGUGUAACGUACUGCGGUACAUCUGCCGCUGGGUCCGCCGGUCUCACGAUGCAAAACGUGCCGUUUUACGAGGAAGUAGCUGAGUUUGUCACGGAGCUGGAAAAGGAAUUGAAUAGUAGGGGCUUGCAAUAUGGUAUUGGGGCUGAACAUGCGCAUUCGUGCUGUGUCCUUUUGGCGGAUCGGACACGCUUUAUGAAGGAGGGGCGGUGGGCUACCCGAAUCGAUUUUGAGCGGUUUUUCGAUUUGAAUGAGGGGAAAGUACAGGGAACUCGUGUGGAAGACGGCAAGGUCGUGGGGUGGAGGCCGGAAGACUAUGUUGGUGAUGAGACGCCUGAGUGGGCGCUUUGGGGGAAUGGUGGAUUUGAUCCUAGGGAUGCGAGGGUGUAUAGGAAGGGUAAGGGGCCAAAGGUGGAGGCGGAGAAGAGUGAAGGGCAAGAGAAGCAGGAGAAGAUGGCGGCUUUGGAGUUUUAG